AAAUGCAUAAAAAUAAGAGGAAAAAAGGGAAUGCUAACAUGAAUAAAUUUCUAAUAAAAUAAAAUUAAAGUACCAAAAUUGUAGGGAAAAUAUUUAAUCAAAUUUGCAAAAGAAAUAGAUGUUUAGUUUAUGAUAUUUAAAAACGAAAUGUCUAUAUCAAAACGUCACACAAUGUAAUCAUCCUGGCAUUAUUCUUAAAAAAAAACUAAAAAACUUUACCUCACUCUAAAGAAAAAAAAAAGUAAAAAAAUAAAAAACUUUACCUCACAACAGGAUGUGGGCCCGCCAAUUAUUACUAGGGUUACAGCAACUGUCGUGUACAAAUGCUUUGUCUGUAACAUAACAGGCAUUGUCCUCCUCGAAACACGAUCAACGGCUUCAAAUUCGAAUUGGAAGGUUGAUCAAUCAAAAGGGUCAGACCGUCAUUUCCUCAUCAAAGGAAGGGGUAAUUUAGGCACAUCAAAAGGCAAAUUUAAAGCCACGUCAUCGGAUGCCAAUCUGGCAUUGGCUCCGAUAAGGUGGACAUGCACGCGCUUGUCGAGCUUUAUAAACCCUACCCCCUCUCUUCCAUGUUCCUUACUCCAUCUCCAAGGCGUGCCAUUUCGCUCUCAUUGCCCUCCCUCUCUAUCUCUCUCUUUCUCUCUCUACUCUCCCUAAACAACAAGACAAUCAUCAAUUGCUUCGUUUCUUCAUGCGUCCUUCUCUUCAUUCCCAAAAACUCUGAAAUUCUCACACUUUUUUAACGCCAUUAUCGAGCAGAGCUACACAUCAGGACUGAGUUGUCGAAUUAUUAAUUUGGUCGCUCAGCUCAAACAUUGCCCCCUCUCUCUCUCUCCCUAAUUUUCUCGCUCAUACAUUUUCCCACCCUCCAAUUGCGCUGCAGCUUUUGAUCCUUUCUCAGCCGACACAAAAAAGUCACAAAAGCUACAGAUUUCUGUAGCUAAAAACCUCAAAUUAUACAGUUCCAUUUCUCAACAAACAAUAAUGUCGAGGUGGGAAAAUACACCGAGAGAAGACAGAUACAGGCACGAAAGGAAAAACCCUUCUUUCUCAUCCUCUCUCCUUGACAAAAUUUACCGUUCGAUCGAUGAGGGUUCUCCAAGAAACCGCGAGGACUCGAUGUUUUACAAUGAAACAAUGCCGAAGAAACAGAGCAGAAGCGGCGGGAAAAGCGGCAGAGCAGUCGAAGAAGACGAGAUGGCAAGCCUCCACCGAGCUUGUUUGAUCGAGAAAUGGAUGGAAAAGAAGGUCAGUCAGAAGGUCGGGGUACAAAGAAGACAGCAUUUGGGUGAAUUGGACCGAAAAUUAGACCGUGAUCACGCCCGUGAUCUUGAUGCUUUGUUUUUCAGCUCCACUUCCAGCUCCUCGGAUUCGAGCUCCGGCGGAUUCUCCUCCUCGGACGCUGACUCCAUGUUCGGGUCUAAGUCGAGAUCCUCUUGUUUUGCCCCGCCGUGGCCGAAGGCGGUUCGCACCAGCGUCUCGGCCCGGUCGGUGAAAGCAGAGGAAAAAACAGAGAGGAAACAGAGGGAAGUGCACAUGUUUGAUGACUAUCAUUACAGUUGCUCCUCGGAACCGACUCCGAAGCUCGACGAAGGCAUAAUUAAGUCGAAAUCGAGGGCAUUGAAGAUUUACAACAAUCUAAAGAAGGUCAAACAGCCGCUUUCGCCGGGCGGUCGGGUGUCAAAUUUCCUCAAUUCAUUCUUCACCGCAGGGCAGACCAAGAAAACAAAGAGCACUUCAUCAAUUGGAGGAUACGAGGAAGCGAGUGUGGAAAGGAAACUGAAAUCAGGGCCAGACUCAACAUGUUCUUCAGCCUCUUCAUUUUCAAGAUCAUGUUUGAGUAAGAACUCUCCAUCUACUCGAGAAAAACUGCUAAAGGGGGUUAAAAGAUCGGUUCAUUUCUAUCCGGUGAGUGUGAUCGUGGACGAAGAUUGCAGGCCAUGUGGGCAGAAAUGCUUGUACGAAGGGGAGGAUCAAACCCUAAUGCCGGUCACUGUUCCGACAGCAUGGAAAAUUGGUCGAUCUCCUGGGAGAAAAGCGGAGGAGGAGCUUAAGCUUCAAGCGUUGGAGAAAAGCAGAAGAGUUGAGGAAGCGGCCAGAGAGAUUUUGAGAGAUAGCCAUCGGAACCAAGUUAAGAGUGAAUUAGUGAACAGAGAUUAUCGUGACCGCCAUGAUGGUGAUGACGAUGAUGCUGCUAGUUGUUCGAGUUCGGAUCUUUUUGAGCUUGAUCACCUUGCGGUGAUCGGAAAAGAAAGAUAUUUGGAAGAGCUUCCAGUGUACGAAACCACUCACGUUCGUACAAAUCGUGCCAUUGCUAAUGGCUUGAUAAUCUAGUUAACAAUGUAGUAUUUUUUUUUUUUUCACUCUUCUAAGUUUGAUUACAGCAUAUACAAUUAUAGAACUAGAUUUGUUCUUGAUUAGUUUUCUCUCUUUGUUUUACUAAUUAAUGGAAAUGGUUUUACGAGGGGAUACAAAAUGUGGCUCUUCAUGAAACAGGAUCAGAUGAUAUUCUAAAUAACUCUAAUUUAUGGAGUAGAUGAUCAACCUCAGGUAAAAAGGGCGGACACACUGUCUUUGUUAAUUGACAUAACCCCCAUCUAAGUUAUAAAUUCUAAUUCGACAU